CCCAAGAUGGCGUCCAUCAUGGAGGGGCCGCUGAGCAAAUGGACUAAUGUGAUGAAAGGCUGGCAGUACCGUUGGUUUGUGCUCGACUACAACGCGGGGCUGCUCUCCUACUACACGUCCAAGGACAAAAUGAUGAGAGGCUCUCGCAGAGGAUGUGUUAGACUCAGAGGAGCUGUGAUUGGUAUAGACGAUGAGGACGACAGCACCUUCACAAUAACUGUUGAUCAGAAAACCUUCCAUUUCCAGGCUCGUGAUGCUGAUGAACGAGAGAAGUGGAUCCAUGCCUUAGAGGAAACAAUUCUUCGACAUACUCUUCAGCUUCAAAUCAGUACCACACUUGCUUUUUUCCAGUCUUCUGGUAUCUCUCCAGUUCUUGAAUUUUCAAAAAUAAUUGGUUUAGAUUCAGGAUUUGUUCCUAGUGUACAAGACUUUGAUAAGAAACUUACAGAGGCUGAUGCUUACCUACAAAUUUUGAUAGAACAAUUAAAGCUCUUUGAUGACAAACUUCAAAACUGCAAAGAUGAUGAACAGAGAAAGAAAAUUGAAACUCUCAAAGAGACAACAAAUAGCAUGGUAGAAUCAAUUAAACACUGCAUUGUGUUGCUGCAGAUUGCUAAAGACCAGUGUAAUGCGGAGAAGCACGCAGAUGGAAUUAUAAGUACAAUUAAUCCUGUAGAUGCAAUAUAUCAACCUAGUCCCUUGGAACCUGUGAUCAACACAAUGCCUUCCCAGACUGUCUUACCUCCAGAGCCCACUCAAUUGUGUAAGUCAGAGCAGCGUCCAUCUUCCCUACCCGUUGGGCCCGUCUUAGCUACCCUGGGACAUCAUCAGACUCCUACACCAAAUAGUACAGGCAGUGGGCACUCGCCACCUAGUAGCAGUCUCACUUCUCCAAGCCAUGUCAACUUGUCUCCAAAUACAGUUCCAGAAUUCUCUUAUUCUAGCAGUGAAGAUGAAUUUUAUGAUGCCGAUGAAUUCCAUCAAAGUGGUUCAUCCCCAAAGCACUUAAUAGACUCCUCUGGAUCUGCCUCAGUCUUGACGCACAGCAGCUCGGGAAAUAGUCUGAAGCGUCCAGAUACGACAGAGUCGCUCAAUUCUUCCAUGUCCAAUGGAACCAGUGAUGCUGAUCUUUUUGAUUCACAUGACGAUCGAGAUGAUGACGGAGAGGCUGGGUCUGUGGAAGAGCACAAGAGUGUGAUCAUGCACCUCCUGUCCCAGGUCCGGCUUGGAAUGGAUCUUACCAAGGUAGUUCUUCCGACAUUCAUUCUUGAGAGAAGAUCCCUUUUAGAAAUGUACGCUGACUUUUUUGCACAUCCGGACCUGUUUGUGAGCAUUAGUGAUCAAAAGGAUGCCAGAGAGCGAAUGGUCCAGGUUGUGAAAUGGUACCUUUCAGCCUUUCAUGCAGGAAGGAAGGGGUCGGUUGCCAAGAAGCCAUACAACCCUAUUUUGGGCGAGAUCUUUCAAUGUCACUGGUCAUUACCAAAUGAUACUGAAGAGAAUGCGGAGCUGGUGUCUGAGGGACCAGUUCCCUGGGUUUCUAAGAACUGUGUAACUUUCGUGGCUGAGCAGGUUUCCCAUCAUCCACCCAUUUCAGCCUUUUAUGCUGAAUGCUUUAGCAAGAAGAUACAGUUCAAUGCUCAUAUCUGGACCAAAUCAAAAUUCCUCGGGAUGUCAAUUGGGGUUCACAACAUAGGACAGGGCUGUGUCUCGUGUCUAGACUAUGAUGAACAUUACAUUCUCACGUUCCCCAACGGUUAUGGAAGGUCUAUCCUCACAGUGCCCUGGGUGGAACUCGGAGGAGAAUGCAAUAUAAAUUGUUCCAAAACUGGCUAUAGUGCAACUAUCAUCUUCCACACCAAACCUUUCUAUGGGGGCAAGAAGCACAGAAUAACUGCUGAGAUUUUUUCACCAAAUGACAAGAAGUCCUUUUGCUCAAUUGAAGGGGAAUGGAAUGGUAUAAUGUAUGCAAAAUACGCGACAGGGGAAAAUACAGUUUUUGUAGAUACCAAGAAGUUACCUAUAAUCAAGAAGAAAGUGAGGAAGUUGGAAGAUCAGAAUGAAUACGAGUCCCGAAGCCUUUGGAAGGACGUAACUUUCAACUUAAAAAUCAGAGACAUUGAUGCAGCAACUGAAGCCAAACAUAGACUUGAAGAAAGACAGAGAGCAGAAGCUAGAGACAGGAAGGAGAAGGAAAUUCAGUGGGAAACAAGGUUAUUUCACGAAGAUGGAGAAUGUUGGGUUUAUGAUGAACCGUUACUGAAACGUCUUGGUGCUGCCAAGCAUUAGGUUGGAAAAUGCAAAGACCAGAGCAGUAGGCAUAAUUAAGCAGCCGCCUUUCUGGGGAGAACCUGCUCACUCCCUUCUUUAUUGCAGUGGUUCCUAUCUCAGGGAUACCGGACUUUCCGAUGCAGGUGAACAAUUAAAGCAAGAGAAGCUUCCUUUUUUUCCUCUUCCGUGGCAGUUACAAUUUUGACUUCAGUCCUGAGGAAACGCUUCAGGUUUUGAAAACAAGAUGUCUGCACCUUUUCCAAACUCUGUGCUUUGAAAAGCAUUUAUAAAUUCUGGUCUCAAAUUAUGCAUUCUACUACUGCUACUGAGAUGUACAACAUGUUUCUAGUUCACGUAAUCAGGUUAUAUAUAUAUAUAUACAUAUACAUAUAUAUAUACACACACACACGCACACAUAUAUAUACACACACAUACAUAUAUACAUAUACACCUGAUGGCAGAUUUUUCAUGAAUAUUCCAUUUACUGUAAAUAGUGUUUCCUCCGAGUUAUUUUAGAAAAUUAGUGCAAUGUAUGUAUUAAAAUCAAGUGUUAAGAAAUUUCAUGGUCUCCAAUAAUUUUUAUUUUGGAAUUGACCUAUUAAAUUGUAUCUAACUCUGGACUACA